GUGUCUUGUAGGCGUCCUCCAUAGUGUACACAGUAUGCAGUCACACAUGGUGAACACACAUACCGCCAUUUCUGGAUCAUUUUCACUAAACUUCUCUCACAUAACUCUGAACUAAGAGGUUGUACCAUGUGUGGAGACAGUUCUGAUCAGGGAACUUGUUUUAUUGCCGGACUUUUAUCAUCCCUGGUCUUUUAUGGUUGGGUGUGAUGUCGAAAUCUUUCCCGAUUCGAUUUUCACCACCAGCUUGGCCAUUCCCUGACCGCUACUUCUUGGUGCAGUUCCCGUCAGAGCCACGCCCGUUGGUUGUGGCCUAUCGGUCAAUCGUCUGUCCCGGUCUGCUCCAAGCCCCGCAAUUCACCACACCCAACUCCUGGUCUCGGAUGUCGCGGUUCAAGAUCAAGCUCCAUUAUUCAAACACACCUCCUCGUGACUUCUGAACCGUCUCACCAGAUCACUCGAGAUCCGGAUUCCACCGUUAUCAAGUUUCCAGAAACGCAUGUCCCCGGUCGAUCGAAGGGAUACUGAUAUAGGACAUCUCGCCCCGUGGGAACGGUAAAAGCGAAGUGUAUCACACGACAGAAGCGAAGGAGGAAAAAAAACAAGCCUUUCCCAAACCAAGAAAGCUAGUCAGCGCCGUGCUUACAUCUCGUAUCACCGGUGGCGGUGUAGUUACACAACGCAAUCCAUUCGCCUCAGCGUCUUGGGGUUUUUUCUUGAAGGGGAAAUAGCGUGGGACGGACCACAUCUGCUUUGACGCUCUGCCGCACCUCCACGCUGUGCUAUACCACCUAUAGACCUGGGCUUCGGUUGGGCACAUCCGGCCGAGUACACUGCCAGUCGAUAUCGGUACCAUUCUAUAGCUCCUUCACGCCUACAAGCUUGGGUCGAUUUCUUCUCGGCACAUCUUGGCUCGUCAAGUCGCACGUUGCUCGUGUAUACGUUUUGACACCAUCGUCACUGGCGCCCGGACAAUUUACACUGACAGUCUGUUGGUAGAGGUGCGCUUUUUUUUUACCUUCUGACUUGGCGCGGAGACAAGGAACAGUUUCUUGAGUUGCUUGAUCAGAUAGAAUGGGGACAAACGUUUGUGUGCUUGCCUUACUACUGAUGGCGUGUGUGGCUGCUGUGACAUGUACGAAUGCUCGUCCACGUAGAGGCUGUGACACAUUAUGCAAAUUGAAGUCACUCACACACCAGGCCGGCAAGCGAACGAAGUCAGUCGACCGCAAUCAAGGAAGCUACCCUUGGAACCAGGGAGACACUUCGCCAACGUAUACAGCUGACGACAUGACGAAAGAUCCAAAGUCAACGUGUAUAUUCGACGAAGCAUUGAAAAGGAUUUCGCCCAAGUGGCAGGAGCGACUAUUAUCGGUGUUAGAGGGCGCCCUGAUGGAAACCAAGGGGAAGGAAGUUGACGACGGCUCGUUUGGCCUCUGAGGAGCACCGUACACAGUGACGUCAGUGACGUUAAGGACCUUGGCUACAACCUGAUUGGUUCGACCAGAAGGAAUUCAAACAUUAUUUUUAUGAGUAAUGAAUUAUUAUUCAAUAUCGUCCUCAAUAGUACUAAACAAGGUAAAAAAAAAAUCUCGAACACUUGGAAAUUAACGACUAAAAAAAAUUAUUGCUUUUUCCUGAUUAUGUUAAUUUUUAGCCCUUUGAAUCUUUAUCAGUGAAGUCAAAAGGAAAAUUAUUGGGUGUUACAAUAAGAACAUUGAGUUGAUAUCUUUUUGUCAAUGAUUUUUCUUACUAUUUCUCAGAUAUUUGUCAAUAUAUAUUUUCCUGCGGUAUUGCUGGCUUACAUAAUUUCAGUCAUACAAAAUCAUAACAGAGCAGUUAUUUCGCAAGCAGAGUAGAACAUUCUUUACGAAUAAAGCUAUCCACUUUUCCUCCUAGGAAGACGAGUACUAUUGAAAUUUACUCCGUCAUAAAAGAAGUCAAAAAACCUGUAGUGAAACUUAAACAGUUAUUGAAUAAUUAAAUUAAUUUGCACAAAAGCGGGCUUUAAUGUACAUAUUUCAAAAAGGCUAUUUAUGUAAAUAUUUGUUGGUUCUAUUAUUAAAUUAAUGUGAAACACGCGCCUUAAAGUCUGUGUGUUUAUCGUAGUUGAAGAUAUCAGUAUGCUUUUAGUUCCGAAAUAUGAUACAUGAACCUUUUUUGUGAAGCAAGAUCGUUCAGUACCAUUUAACGUCUUAAUUCACAUUUAAACGUAUUAUUAUCUUCACGGGAAUUUAUUAAAAGUAAUGGACAUCAUUUUGCAAGUGUCAUAUCAAAAUGAAACUGUCAAAAUAUCAUGAAAUAUCCUACUUGAUUGUUAGUAAAUAAUAGUAUCAAGCAUCUAGUGAAAUCGUUGCCUCUAAUAUGCUGUCAUUUUUAAGAAAAGAGAAAUUAUCAUCUCUUCCUCACGAUGGUAAGGACCAGGCUAUUGCACUUUCAAUGGGAACCCAUGCUUUUGUGUCGAUCGAGGAAAAUGAAGAUGCAUUUUGACAGUUUUCUCAAAAAUUAUAUCUACUGAGCUGAAAUUUCUACACAGGUUAGUUCUGUUUUAUUAUAAUAAACCUGCUUCAGAUUUAUUGUAUUGUUGUUCCUUGAAUUGGUAGAAACACAGUUUUGGCAGAUGUGGUCCAUCACUUUUAUACAUAUCCCUUGAUAGACUGGCCCAUAAUUAUGUUAAUGAUGGUGGAGAACGUGUGGUGUCCGCGGCAAAGGUGUUAGCAUGGUGUUGAUGCAGAUUGUAUUUGGCCAUCUUCCCCUAUGACCAAUUAGAGUUUUGACGGUAUUAAUUCGUGCCGGUUUCGCAUUAAUGAAGUUGUCGAGAAUUUGUUAUAUAUAUAAUUUUUUUUUUCAAAUUAACGAUCGACUCAACGUAUAUGGCACAUAGUCCAGUCAAUGACGAAGAUCUUUGGCACCUUGCCAACAAACCGAAACUUGUAAUAACCCUCCGAGGCGAUCUCUGUCCCUUAUUAGCCCCAGAAUACAAUAUGAUUUUUUUUUACUCCUAUGAACUCGGCGGGGGGGAAUCUUAUAUGGACUCUAAUCCUCACACGUGACCUUUCAUUGUUCUUAUUAUCUGCUAACCACAGAAUUCCGUGCUUACGAUCACCAUUUUGUGCUAACUGCUUCUAGCAUGAAAACUUAUGUGUUAACCAUGUAAGCACAGAAUCCUUAGUUACGGGAUGUACGCAUGCGCAUAAGCGACAAUUCCUCGCUAAUCCGCGAAAGUUCUUUUACGGGUAGUUAAGACAUCACAGUUAGGGCGGCAAAAAUAAGAAUUGCAUUCUUGAGACUGGCUAACAUCACAGGAAAAAUAAGGGGAAUCGUUGUCUAAGUAAAAAAUCCUUAACGGCAGAACGAUGUACAUGUCUCGGUUUGACGUUUUGAGGAUCCAAGAUGGCGCAUUUGCUAAUUAGCGUGCAGCAGCCACUGCAUUUCGCAUAGAGGUCAGUGGUGUUGUGCCGAAUGUGUGCUCAAAUUUGUAUCCUUGUGGAGACACGCACACAAUAGGGAACAAAACAUUGUAAAGGUCUCCACAAGGCAAUUUCU